CUGGCGGGCCCCGUUCUCUCUCUCCUCGAGAGCGCUAUGUGUGGAGGUGGGAGGGGAGCCUUCGUGACGGGUUGGGGUCCUGGGGCCGAGGGCGCGCAAGUGAGGGGGCUUUUCGGCUUUUGGGUGAGGUUCUCUUUGUCUGACUUUCCCGAACCUUUUCCGUGUGGGGAGAGGAUGUGAGGACAGCGCCUCUCCCACCGCGCGUCCGGUGGGAAAAUGCGGCUCCUUUCUUGGACACGCCAACAUGCCCCGCGCGGAGAGCUGCAGCUGCGGGCGAGCGCGGGGCGCACGGUCUCGCGGCUGCAUCCCACAAAGCCCCAGGGGGCAGGCACGCACGUAGUCCCUGCUGCGCUGGCCUGGAGUCUCCUGUAACUGGCCGAAUGGGCCGCACCCCGGGCCCCCGGAGGGUAUUGAGGAGGGGCUUAAGGGAAGUAGGCUUCCCUUCCAACCCCUCUAAAGCCUUCUUUUCCCUGGCAGCCCACUUGCCUUAACUUUUCUUUGAAACUGAAGUGGGUUCUUAAGCUUUUCGCAACUGUUUGUGGGCAAAGAAAUGCCUAACUGAACUGUUGUUUCACAUGAAGAAAUUAUUCACGUUCUAGGAGAGAGUGGACUUGCAUUUUAGUGGACCCAGUAUAGCAAAACUUUUAUUCAUUUCAACUCCUGGGCACGCUCAUCCCGACAGCUCCGUGAAUGAGUUGAUGAUACAGUUCCGGGCUGCUGCUUUUCUUCUGGGCCUCAGCACCAGCUCACACCAUGUGGACCGCGGAUGAGAUCGCCCAGCUGUGUUAUGAGCACUACGGGAGCAGGCUGCCCAAGCAAGGGAAGCCUGAGCCCAACCGCGAGUGGACAUUGCUUGCAGCCGUGGUGAAGAUACAACCUACAGCUGACCAGGCCUGCGACCGCCCUGACAGACCUGUGCAUGUGACAAAGGAAGUUGUCUCAAUGGGAACGGGAACCAAAUGCAUAGGCCAGUCCAAAAUGAGGAAGAGCGGAGACAUCCUCAAUGAUAGCCAUGCUGAGGUCAUAGCCAGAAGGAGUUUCCAAAGGUAUCUUCUCCAUCAGCUCUACUUGGCAGCCACCCUGAAGGAGGAUAGCAUCUUUGUCCCAGGAACUCAGAGAGGACUGUGGAAACUCAGACCAGACCUCUUGUUUGUGUUUUUCUCCAGCCAUACACCCUGUGGGGAUGCCUCCAUCAUUCCAAUGCUUGAGUUUGAAGAUCAACCUUGCCGUCCUGUCAGUAGAGAUUGGGACAAUAACCCAUCGGUAGAAGCUAGUGAUAACCUAGAAGCUCCUGAAGAUAAAAGGAAAUGUGAAGACCCAGGUAGUCCUGUGACCAAAAAGAUGAGACUUGAGCCCAGGACUCCUGAUGGUAUGGCUCACCAUCAGAGUUUUGGCAACCCGGAAAGUGGCCCCAAUUCACCAGAUGUCAGCAGCUCUAAUCUCCCUGCAGAGGAACUGGCUGCUGUCAUUGGAAUGGCCCCCGGUGGUGCCAAAGUGGUGGACGUUUAUAGAACUGGAGCCAAAUGUGUACCUGGAGAAGCUGGAGACUCAGGGAAGCCUGGUGCUGCGUAUCACCAGGUGGGGCUGCUCCGGGUGAAGCCAGGCCGGGGGGACAGGACUUGCUCCAUGUCCUGCAGUGACAAGUUGUCACGGUGGAACGUCCUUGGAUGCCAGGGGGCACUGUUGAUGCACUUCCUAGAAGAGCCCAUCUACCUGUCAGCUGUGGUCAUUGGGAAGUGCCCGUACAGCCAGGAGGCCAUGCAGAGAGCACUGAUUGGGAGGUGUCAGAAUAUCUCGGCUUUACCUGAAGGCUUUGGAGUUCAAGAAGUGAAAAUACAGCAGUCAGAUUUACUGUUUGAACAGAGCCGCUGUGCAGUGCAAGCAAGAAGGGCUGAGAGCCCAGGCCGACUAGUUCCUUGUGGGGCAGCCAUCAGCUGGAGUGCAGUUCCUGAGCAGCCACUGGAUGUCACCACAAAUGGCUUUCCACAGGGAACAACAAAGAAAGGAAUCGGACGCCUUCAAGCCAGAUCCCGAAUCAGCAAAGUAGAGCUCUUUAGAUCAUUCCAGAAGCUGCUAAGCAGUAUUUCAGAGGACAAGUGGCCAGACUCCCUCAGGAUGCAGAAGCUAGCGACGUACCAAGAGUACAAGGAGGCCGCCUCCACUUACCAGCAGGCCUGGAGCACACUCCGGAAGCAGGCGUUUGGAUCCUGGAUGAAAAACCCACCGGAUUAUCACCAAUUUAAAUGAGCAAAGCUUACUGGCAGCAGGGUGUUUUCCAUUUAUUCCUUCUGGACCACCUUCUUGUGGCUGAUCAGGAAAAAAAGACUGCCAUCUCCCAAAGCAAAAUAUCUCUUCUUUGUGAGAUGGAUGGAAUUCUGGACAUGAAACAAUCUAUACUUGAUUGAAGGUGCUCUCUGCUAGAAUAGCAUCUUGCUAAUGACCUUGGCAUGUGUCCUGUGUUUUAUUGCUUCUCUAAGAAUAAGAAUUUAGAAUGUGAUACUUUAAAAAUAUUCUGCGGUAGCUCCAUUCUGUGUGUUCCUACAUCAAUUUGGCGAGUAUUUGUUGGACUGAGAUGCUUGAAUCUCUGCAAGUUUUAGAGCUUGGCCUGUCAUAGUGGACAUGUAUUUUGUAUACCCAGCCUUUCUUCCUUUGGAGAACCACCCUUUGCUGUUUAACCCACGAGACUUGGCCGAAGCAAACUUUACUUCUUGGUUCCAGGAAUGUGAGCCAGCCCUGAACAGUCCUGGAACUAUUGCCAGAGCGAUCAGUGGUAUGUGAAUGCCCUCCUAUCCCAGCACAUCAGUAACUGCAGGGCUGAGAAAACGACUGGCAGCAGGAGAAACCAGGCUUCGGGGUGAGGGAGCAGGAGUACAGUCUCAAUCGGCUCCAGAAGAUCGUGUUCGCUCACCUGUGCCAAUGCAGGCAGAUCAUGCAGCCCAGCUCUUCGCCUCUCCCAUGAAAGAUGAGGACCAGUGUGGGUUAGUUAUUUUGCUUACGUAUACUUUGGAGGAAUUCUGUUCUAAAAUAAAGACUGGCGCAUAAACUAUGGUGCAAAUGUUGUAAGCCCAGAUAUAUCCAGGAAUAGGAAACCUUUAAAAAGUAGGUGGAAUGGGGGACUUCCCUGGUGGUCCAGUGGGUAAGACUCCGUGCUCCCAAUGCAGGGGGCCUGGGUUCGAUCCCUGGUCAGGGAACUAGAACCCACAUGCUGCAAAUAAGAACUGGUGCAGCCAAAAUAAAUUAAAAAAAAGGUGGAGUGAACUGGAAAGUUCCUUGUCCAAAGAGGAGCCAUUAUUUUGCUCUGGCUAAUUGUUGCCAGAUCUUCAGAAUUUUUUGAGGAGAAGCAAGAAAGUCUUGUUUUUACAUAUAUGUCUAGGGGUCACGUACAGACACAGGCCUUAGGUAUGUAACCUCUGGUCUAGCAGAACAAGGAUGGAUUUUGGCCGUAGACUUCAGUUUGAACUGUGACUCCAGGAUGGACUGUGUGUGAUCUUGGGUGGGUAAAUGCAUUUUCAGAGCGUCGGUGUCCUCACCUUUGACAUGAGGGCAACACCACCCCGGCAUUGGGAUUGUGGCGAUGAGAUAAGAUACUGUUCAGCACAGGCGUGAGGAGGGCUGCCUGCCGCGUGUGCAGUGCCUGCCUUGCUCUCCCAUUGCUGCUCAUAAGGGAUUCUGCUGUUUACUAACCCUGAUUUCCACAGCUUUUGCUAACAAACGUUUAAGAGAUUGUCCUUAGGAGAAGCCUGUUGGGCAGAUGUUUGUGGAGCCCCUUGCUGCACACCAGGCAUUUGCCUGGGUGCACCACCCCACCCCACAUCUGGAAGCAGCAGCCUGUCUCCAGCAGCUAAGGAGGCGAGGAAGCAGAGGCGUUGAUCACAGAGAUAUAUAUAUAGAUCUUCCUACCUAACUCUUGUGGCUUUGCCUUCCCCAUGUCAACCACCAGGAUUGUUUUUUCUCCCUGAGGAAAUAAAGAGGAAAAGGGGAAUUUUAAAUCCCCAAUUGUGCUUUUUAAAGCAUUCUACCAUUCAGUCUAAUGAAAAGCGAGGCUUUUGAGAAUAAGAAUGUUUAUAUUGCCUCCUUCUAAAUUCACCUUGUUAGGAGAUGUUUGGACCAGCUUUGAGACUGGUGCCCUGGUGCACAUACCUGUCCCGUGCCCUCUGUGUGGUCGUGGUGUGUUUCAGCCACUGCUGCAGCAUUAAGAUGAUUGACAUUUAUUAAGCAGGCUCUUAGCUCCAGGUAGACCCAUCAUAUACCUUCUGAAACCAUCAGUAUACCAGGUUUUGUGCUGUGCACCUUAAGUACAAGAUGGCGGUUAGUCCUCUUGUCACUCCUUGCCUGACAGGGAAAGCGGGCAAGUGGCUUUGCGGGAGAACACUAGAAUGGCCAUGAUAGAGGUCUAAUACCCAACUUGGGAGAGGGAGGGGCACGGGAAGAUCUCAUAGGCCUGGGUACACUUGAGCAGAUGUGAAGGGGAAGUAUUAAGGGUUAGCAAGCAAAGAGAAAUUGGUUGUGCAUAUGGGGACAGCUUUGAGAGAAGGGUAUUUGAGGCAGAGAAUCACCAUAUGCAAAGGCAUAUGAGAGAUGAGAGCACUGGGUGGCUGGACUGGUGGAGUGUGGGAGGGUUUGGAGAAGCACUCGGGGCAAGUUCGGGAGGACUUUGUAAGUCCUGAGAAGGAAAAUGGUUUUAUCCUAAUGACUUGGCACUUUAGGGAUUUUUGAUGAAAGGGUAUUAGGUUGGAAGUUGCGUUUUAGAGAUAUCCCUGUUCUCUGUAACAAGGAGGAUGGAUUAGUCAGGGACAGGGAUGGUGGCAGGGAGACCACUUUGGGGAUUACUGUAAUAAUAAGAAAAGAAAUGAGGAGGCCCAGGCAAUAACAGUUUUAGGAGCCACAGGGAGGGGACUGACUUGAGAAAUAUGCAGAGGGUGGUGAGGCUGAUUGCAGGUAAGGGGUGAGGAUGAGGGAGUAUUGAGGAUGCCUCCCAGGUUCCUUUGUGGCUGAGAGAAGGGAAGGGGAUGCUGUAUAUCAGGAAGGGGGAUCCAGGAAGAGGAGCUGCUGUGGGGUAAGGAGAGGGGCGGUGUUAGAGGCUGUAGGCAGGGGAAGAUGAGCUCAGACAGUUUGGGAUUUCUGUGAUACCGCGGGCCAGGGACCUAGAGGGGGCAUUUGGAAAGACUGGUUUAGGGCUCAGGAGAGAGAUGGACUGAGGAUCGUGACUGGAGUCAUCAACUGCAGGAAGUCUUUAAAGACACAGGUUAGGGUAAAACCUUCCAUGGAGAAUGUGUGUAGAAUGAGAAGAAAAGGGGACCCUAGACUGAACCCUGGGGAACGUUCAGGAGCAGGUGGAUAAGCACAGGAAAAAGUGUGACCAAGAGGCUAGAGGAAAAUCAGAAAAAAGGCAACUGCAAGCAUCAAAGAGGGAAUAAUCUGGAGUGUAGAAUAUAUUAAAAGAACGACAGACAAGGAAGGCAAGAACCAAGAACCUUGUGGUUUCCCUCCAGCCCUGCAACUGGAUGACAAGGUUAUUUUUGGUUACUUCAUCAAACACAGGGUCAGGAAAGUGGAAGCUGGCCUCUCCUGGGCUGAGGAGUGAAGGGGAGUGAAAAAUGGAGGCAUCCAUGUGCUUUUCUUUGAGAAGGACCCAAUCCUGUUCUCACUGAUGUAACUUAAAAGGUUAUUUAAUAGUUCAAACAUAACAAUAAAAAGAAAUAACAACAGUAAAUGUUUUGCUAUAUUUGCUUCGGGUUUUCAUUUUCUGGAGAAAUAAAACAUGACUGGUUGUAUUUGAAAGCCCACACUGACCUCUCCCUGAUACUGUUGCCCUCCCUCCGUUAGGGAGGUAGCCACCAUCCUGAAUUGCAUGGUUUAUACUUUUAUUACAUAACUUUAUAUCUGUGAGCAAUACUUAGAAUUAUUUUCCAUGUUUUUAAAGUUUAUAGAAAUGAUAUCAUGCUGAAUAUACUUCUGCGUCUUGCUUUUUUCAUUCAUCAGCACCAUUUUGGAGAUUUAUUGAUGUUAAUAUAUGCAGUUCUAGUGCAUUCAUUUUAACUGCUGUAUAGUAUUCCUUUGUAUGACUAUACCACAUAUUACCCCUCCAUUCUCCUGUUGACGAACAUUUAGUUGGUUUCCAGUUCUUAGCUCAUAUAGGCAAGGCUGCAGGGAUCAUUCUUUUUUUUUAAAUGAAUUAAUUAAUUAAUUUUAUUGGCUGUGUUGGGUCUUUUUUGCUGUGCGCGGGCUUUCUGUAGUUGCGGUGAGUGGGGGCUGCUCUUCGUUGUGGUGUGUGGGCUCCUUAUUGCCGUGGCUUCUCUUGUUGCAGAGCACGGGCUCUAGGCAUGUGGGCUUCAGUAGUUGCAGCACAUGGGCUCAAUAGUUGUGGCUCACGGGCUCUAAAGCUCAGGCUCAAUAGUUGUGGUGCACAGGCUUAGUUGCUCCACGGCAUGUGGGAUCUUCCUAGAGCAGGGAUCGAACCCAUGUCCCCUACAUUGGCAGGUGGAUUCUUAACCACUGUGCCACCUAGGAAGCCCUGGAGUGAUCCUUCUUGUACAUGUCUCUUGUACAUGGCUGGGGAUAUUUCCAGGAUAUAUACCUAGACAUUGCUAGGUCAUGGGUUAUCUGCAUCUUCAACUUUAUUGGAUAUUGUCAAAUUGCUUUCCAGUGUGAUGGCACCAAUUUACACCCACAAUAGCAGUUUAUGAGGAUUCCAGAUGCUUCAUAUCCUCCCUAAUAUUUUAUAUGUUGAAAUUUUAGCCAAUUUGAUGAGUGUGAAAAGAUAAACCAUAGUUUACUUUCCUUUGCAUUUCACAGGGCCACCAACUGUAUAGUGUAAGUCUGUAUCUUUUAGUGUAGAGGUUGUAUACUGCACAACUCUAGAGGGCACUGUUUACAUUGUAGUCUUUGUGAAAGGCUCACCAUAGAGUUGGUGCAGUGUAUAACAUACUGGCCUUGAGUGAAGUUAAGGAUUCUUUGUUAUCUUUUGCCCCUUGUUCUCUUGGGUUGUUUUUCUUAUUAAUUGGAAGAGUUCUUUAUUUAUUUUGGAUGUUAAUUCUUUUUUGGUUAUCUGUUACAAACAUUUUCAUCUCAUCUGCAGCUUCUAUUAAUUUUGUUUAUAGUACCUUUUAAAAAAAUAGUUUCAUUUUUUAAAUUAAAAUUAUAAAGUUUUUUUUAAUUCCAUAAUAUAUGUGGUCACAUUUUAUUAAAAAGAGGUGGAACUGAUAUUCCCAUUUAAUAAGACAAAUCUUUUGUGAUAUCAAAACAACUUUUCAGCAUGCCCACAGUAAAUAUAUUACUGAGGAAUAAUACUGAGGAAAUAAAAACCGUAAUUUUUAAAAUUUUAAUGUACUUAAAUUUGUCAACCUUUUUCUUUAUUGUUUGUAUGUUUGUAGCUUGUCUU